GUUAGUUCAAUCAUUUCAUGUCUACAAAGUUAGGUGACGAUGGUAAUGUUGAAAUCUUAAAGUACAGUACAGUGUGUGUGUGUGGCUAUAAGCUACUGAGAGCAACAGUGAAGACAUACUCAUUCUAAAAUGAAAAUGAAACAAUAUUUGCUGGAAUGUACUCCAUUUGCAGCAAUGGUGAUUGUAGAGUGCCUUGACGUGGGGUUGACCACAUUGAGUAAAGCAGCCAUGUCCAAAAAAGGAAUGAAUCAUUUCAUCUUUGUUCUCUAUUCCAAUGCUCUUGCCACUGUCAUUCUCCUCCCUUCCUCUUUCCUCAUCAACAGGACAACAAGACAACCCCUUUCUUUCUCCCUUCUUGGAAAAUUCUUCUUCCUCGGCCUUCUCGGCAUAACUAUCAUGCAGAAUUGUGUAUUCACUGGCAUAAGCUAUAGCUCUCCUACCCUUGGAUCUGCUAUGAGCAACUUGACUCCAGCAAUCACUUUUGUUCUAGCAGUCAUCUUCAGGAUGGAGAAGUUGGAUGUUGGAAGCUCAAUAAGCCAGAUCAAAAUUGUGGGGACUGUUGUGUCUAUCUCGGGAGCAUUUCUAGUGACCUUUUACAAGGGCGCUCCCAUUGGCAGCUUUCAAACUCGGCGUUCUACAUUGCAACCAUUGGUGUCUCUAUCCGCAGAAACCGGUAACUGGGUCAUUGGAGGUCUCUUCCUAGUCAUUGCCACUAUAUCUCUUGCAGCAUGGAAUAUUGCUCAGGCAGCAAUUCUUAAAGGAUAUCCAUCCCAGUUGACCAUAGUUGCAUUCUAUUGCCUGUUUGGAACAUUUCAAUGUGCAAUACUUUCUCUGAUUGUAGUCAAAGAUCCAAGUUCCUGGAUACUAAGUCCUGACAUUGAGCUAAUCUCCAUAAUCUAUUCAGCUAUUUUCGGAAGUGUGGUGACAUUUUCUGUACUUACUUGGUGCAUAGAUAGGAAAGGACCUCUAUUUGUUACCAUGUUCAAGCCUGUUGGGAUUGCCAUUGCUGCAUUUAUGAGUGUUGUCUUCCUUGGUGAAACACUCCAUAUUGGCAGUGUCAUCGGCGCACUAGUAAUCGCCAUUGGAUUUUACGCAGUAAUGUGGGCACAAUCUAGAGAGAAAAAUAUGAAAGGCCUUGAAGUUAAUGGAUUGCCAUCAUCCUCGUCUGCCCAAGAAAGUGCUCUACUAGAGUCUCCAUGACAGCAAGUACACAACCAGCGACUGCUGUCUGCUACGUCAGUUUAAAAACGAUGUAUUCACCACACCAACGUGGAAACAAACAGCUAUAAUUCGUUUUUUUAUUUCAAUAGGCAUCAGUGAUAAAGGCAUUUCUCUUUUUCAGGA